AUGGAGGGAAAUGUGUUUGCUGCAGCUUUGGAAAAGAUGGACCAUGUCAAGUCUCCCGAGGGAGAAAUUCUUGCCAAGCCUUUCUUGGAUUUGUGCAAAACAGUAGUGCCUGUUUUAGAAAACUUUGGACCAGCCAUGGGACCUGUAAAAUCUGACAUUGGUGGUAAUAUAUCGAGGCUGGAGACUAGGUAUUUGUCCAAUCAAUCAGAAUUCAAUUACUUGUACAGGAUAGUACAGUCAGAAAUUGAAUCGAAAAAGGCUAAAUCUUCAUCCAGUUGCACAAAUGCUUUACUUUGGCUGACAAGGGCCAUGGAUUUCUUGUCAGAAGUGUUCCGCAACUUAAUGGUGCAUCCGGACUGGAGCAUGUCACAAGUCUGCACUGAUUCAUACGAGAAGUCCCUGAAAAAAUGGCAUGCUGGCUGGCUGGCUAGUUCAAGUUUUAGCGUUGCCUUGAAGUUGGCUCCGGAUAGGAAGAAGUUUAUGAGUGUAGUGGGUGUCAAAGGAGAUGAUGUUUCUGACAUGGAAGACUUCUGUGGAAGGUUCUCACCUUUGUUGGAAGAGAAUCACAAGUUCCCCGCUAGUGUUGGAAUGGACAAUUUGAAAGCUUGA